CACUCUACCUUCUGGCCUCAUCCCCUGCGUGCGAGCUCCCAGUCCUCGUCUCUCUAUAUCCCGCGCUGCGAUGUUCCCGACGGAAAAUGCGCUAGCGCUUUGUGCGCCGGACUUGCAGAACGCGGCGCCGUACCACGCGUUCAACGCUGACAUGCCCACGCAGCAGCAGCUUGACUGCACCUUCCAGGAUCUCGACUACAACGGGGCCGCCCCGUACACGUACGACACCGUCGACCACGGACAUGCCGACUCAAUGUUGGUUAUUCCUGCAGGCGGCUCUGCGUCCAACAUGGUGAAAGCACCACUGGCGAUGCAGCAGGAGUACGCAUUCGAGCCGUUUGUUCACACGCCGCCACCGGAUGCGAUGACAUUCGGCGACCCACACCACCACCGGCACCACCUCCACCACCACCAUCAUGCCGCAGCCAUCGACAUCAAGGGGGACCUCGACGAGCUGUGUCCCGUCUGUGGCGACGUCGUCAGCGGCUACCACUACGGCCUGUUGACGUGCGAGUCGUGCAAGGGCUUCUUCAAGCGCACUGUGCAGAACAAGAAGGUUUAUUCGUGCGCCAUCGAGAAGAAGUGCGUCAUCGAUAAGCAGCAGCGCAAGCGGUGUCCCUACUGCCGCUUCCAGAAGUGCAUCGAGGUCGGCAUGAAGCUGGAAGCGGUCCGGCCGGACCGGAUGCGCGGCGGACGCAACAAGUUCGGUCCGAUGUACAAGCGUGAUCGCGCACGCAAGAUGCAGGUGAAGAGGCGGAUGCUGGCGGCGAAGAUGGGCGGCAUGUGUCAGUACGACGGGACGCUCACGCUGACGGCGACGCGGCGGCGGCCUCCGCCGCCAUGGCGGCAGGACAUCAAGCGGACCUAUCACAGCUGCAGCAGCUCACACGUACGCGGCGGACACCGGGCGCAGGACACAGCGGACGCCGGGCUCGAACGUUUGGCUGCACUGUGCCGCGUGCUCGACAACAGCCUGUUCUCGCUCGUCGAGUGGGCACGCCGCUCACACUUCUUCAAGGAUCUUAAGGUUUGCUGCACGAUGCGCCAGAUCGCACUGGAGGCCCACGCUAGGUCGUUUAAGAAACGUUUGCUGUCGUGGGACUACUUUCCGCGUGUGCAGACCGCGCUGCGUACGCCACCGCUCAUCAUCGAGCUUCGCGAGAACGCCGCGGACGACAAGCUAUGGCGCGAUUCGCUGUUCAGCAUCAUCUACUCGCAGACGUACGCGGCGGACACCGGCGCGGACGCGGGCUCGACGUUUGAGCUGAUGUGCCGUGUGCUCGACAACAGCCUGUUCUCGCUCGUCGAGUGGGCCCGCCGCUCACACUUCUUCAAGGAUCUUAAGGUCGACGACCAGAUGAAGCUGCUGCACGUCUCCUGGUCUGAGAUGCUCAUGCUGGACCACAUCUACCAACACAGUGCCAACGGCCUGCCGGACGAGACUCGGCUGCCCAACGGUCAGAAGUUCAGCCUGGCAAACAUGUGCCUGUUUGGUUUCACAAACAUGGCUGACCGGCUAGAGGAGCUCUUCAGGAAGCUGCGUCAGCUGAAGUUUGACCGCAAUGACUACAUCUGCCUUAAGUUCCUUAUUCUUAUGAAUCCAGACGUGCCGGGCCUGCUCAAUCCGAAGGUGGUGGAGAGCGCGCAGGAGAAGGUGAACUGCGCGCUGCUGGAGUACUGCGAGACCUUC